CGCUGUUCUUCCCAGAAGAAGUGCUCAUCACUAUGCAACACCCUUGGCCUCAAGAAUACCCACCCCAACCCCCCGCUCCCCCCGUCUCUUUACAACGUCUCGCCGCGUUUCGCGUUCGAUGAGCUCUGCAAGCAUGCCACCACAGCCUGACACAACAGAUCUCUUCCGAUAUACCAGCGGCCGCUGGCUCUGGGAUGAAGAGCAGCAGCUACGAGACCGAUUUUCGCCAUUUAACGUGCUGGAAUUACAAAUAGUCGCCGCGCAGAGUGUCGGGGCAGAGACAUGCACGGCAAUCACAAAGUUGGCCGAAGGCUCGUUCAACAAAACCUUCAGGCUAGAGAUGGGGAAUGGCUCAACCGCGAUCGCGAGAAUCCCCCAUCCGAUCGCUGGGCCUAGAUACUACACCACAGCAUCUGAAGUCGCAACGAUGGAGUUUGCCCGCACAAUCCUCGGAGUACCCACACCUCGCGUGUACGCUUGGAAUGCAGACGGGAAUAACCCUGUCGGAUCUGAGUAUAUCAUCAUGGAGGAAUCCCGCGGUACGAAGCUGGAAGAUGUAUGGGAUGAUUUUUCUCUCGAAGAGAAAAUAGCGGUCAUAAAGGAUCUAGUCCAACUGGAGGAAAAAAUGCUUCAAGUGCCACUGAAUAGUUAUGGGAGUUUGUACUAUGCCGGUGCCAAUAUCAGAGGCGCCGUGCCCGCUGAUACCUGUGCAGAGAUAUCUGCCGAGCUCAAAGACACAAUCCGCCGUCGUUUCGUGAUCGGCCCGAUCGCAGAAAGGCACUAUUGGUCCAAAAAACGCACAGAGAUGGCCUUGGACCGAGGACCAUGGAAACGGCCACAGGAAUAUGUGCUCUCGCUAGCUCACCGAGAGGAGGCAUGGAUCCAGCGAUACGCAACUCCAAGAGCCAAAGACAACCCCCUAGUGACUUCAGCAACGCAGAACUCUCCUAGCAGCCACAUUGCCCUGCUACAGAAAUAUCGUCAAGUGGCUCCUUAUCUGCUCCCAGCACAUAAUCCUGCUGUAGUGGCACCCUAUAUCUGGCAUACUGAUCUGCACGCGGGGAACAUCUUUGUCCGUAACGGAAAGAUCUCGAAUAUAAUAGAUUGGCAAGGGCUCUGGGCAGCCCCUUUGAUCCUCCAAGCACGUCACCCAAGGCUCGUCGAUUACAGCGGUAAAGUCAUCCUGAAAGCCCCCGAGGACUUCCACCAGCUAGAUCCGGCGGAAAAGACGCGGAUCAGAGGCUCUAUGGGUCGCUCGAUUUUGCUCUACCUCUACGAGAAGCAGAUUGCCAAAGAGCUGCCCCUACUGGAUAAAGUCCUCCGAUGGGACCACGGUCGGACAAGGUGCGAACCAAUUCUGUUCGUGGGCGACACAUGGGAUGACGACCCUCUACCCUUGCGGGAAUCGCUGAUUAGGCUUGAGAGAUGCUGGAAUGAAUUAGGGUUUGACUUUCCCUGUCCGAUUCAUUUCACCGAGGAAGAUCUUUGGGUCCAUGCAGAGGAAGGUGCCGAGUGGAAUAAUGUGCAAGACUUCUGGAACUCCGUCGCGGGCGUCGUAUCGAGAGAUGGCUGGACCCCGCAUCAUCUAUACAGGGAUGCCAUUGCGCUGUUCACCGAGCUACGAGAUCUGGGCCUGAAAGCUAUGACACAAUGGGUCAAGAAGCAUUAG